AUGGCGAGAAGUAGUUGCAAUUUUGCGCACUCAUGCUGGAAUCUUUCAUCUGCUAAUGCUGGUGGUGUCGAUGAAAGGGAGUUUAGCAGCUGGUUUUGUGACAUUCUGAUGCACAAUCGUAAGUCUGUAGCUAUGAUUAUGUGGCGUAUUUGGAUGGCUCACAAUAAUCUAUUAUGGAGUAAUAAAUCGACCAAAGUUUCAGAGGUGAUUCAGUCGGCUAAGACUAAUCUUGACAAUUGGCAAAAUGCUCAAUCAAAUGGUUCCAUUCCAUUACUAAAUGUUAAUGUUAGUAAUGGAAGAGAGCAUUGGACGAAACCAAUUUUUACUAAGUUCAAGAUCAAUGUCGACGGGGCCCUCUUUAAAGCUGAGAAUCGAUUUGGAUUUGGCUUCAUAGUUAGAGACAAGGAUGGUAAGCUUGUCGAAGCGGUCUCAAGCAGUAAAACUGGUGUGGUUUCCCCUGAGAUUGUUGAAGUUGUGGGUAUGAAAGAGGCUUUGAGUUGGAUCAAGACGAAGCACCUAACUGAAGUGGAAAUUGAAACCGAUUCUUUAGUAGCUGUUCAGGCUAUUAAUGGCUCAGUUCAAAUGCCAUCUCAGUUUGGGUUACUUGUUCAAGAUUGUCGUUUGCUUCUUUCUGAAUUACAAAAUGUCUUUAUUUCUUUUAUUAAACGAUAUGCUAAUAGGGUUGCUCAUUGCAUUGCAAGACAGUCUUGUUUUAUGUCAAAUUGUAUGUUUGAUGAGUUUUCUGCUCCAUCAGAUUUGCUUUCUAUUGUAAGGGAUGAUAGCUUUUCAAGAUGA